UACAACAGUACUUCAAUAUGGAGACACAUGAACCCGCGGGAGAUUCUAGUGGUCCUGGUCCUGUUCCUGGUCCCGAAGAGUUCAAUACGAAUGUUGUGAACACUCAGCAGCCGGUAGAAGAGAGAAGCUCUGGCACACCACGUUGUGCAGUACCUACGUGUCAGCCGUUCAUGCUAUCAUGGAUCGUCAUCGUAGGCUAUGUCAUGAUUGGGGGGUUGAUAUUCCAGCUGACUGAAACGAUGACGGCUACUAUCCCUGUACCUAACAGCGACACUGCCAACAAUUCAUCGGAAAGCGACAUUACCACGAGUCCCGGGGCAAUACGACAACAACUCAUCGACUCGAUGCGUGACCUAUGGGAAAGCGGUUCGGAUAACUGGACAAAAGUUGCCACCGAUUUUGUGUUCGAUUACGACCGUAAUAUAAAACUAGCUGAACUAGUGCGGGAACGUGAGACGGGGAGUACCGACGGUAGCUAUACAGGGUUCGAUAACUGGUGGGCUUCUUCUUUCUUUUGUUUAACGGUCGUCACAAGCAUCGGAUAUGGCCAUCUCACUCCAAGGACUGCGGUAGGUAAGUGUGUGUGCACUAUAUACACAAUCAUCGGCGUUCCGCUGUUCUUCAUUUAUCUAGUGAAACUUAGCCAGCUUCUGGCGGUGUACGUCAAACGUGCAUAUUGCAGAUUAUGUAACAGCUUCAGUAGAUGUCGCAUGUUUCCAACGCGAAGGAAAUCGGCAGAAAAGAACAGUCCAAGCUUUCAGCAACUCGAAGAGCCCUCUAUCGACGACUUGCAGCCAGAUCGGGACGCUUCGGUAAGUUUCGAAGCCGACAGGGAAGAACUGGCCGUGGGUGGGACGAAUUACCACUACGAAGAAGACCACAGCCUCCUUCCCGACGAGGUCAACAUCGAAAUUCCGUUCGUGUUUAUCCUUAUUGUUAACGCCAUAUUUAUUAUCGUAGGUGGCGCUGUAUUCUCAGCGAUGGAAGGUUGGCCGUAUGGACAUUCCCUGUAUUUCGCCAUCAUCACCCUGUCUACCGUCGGUUUCGGAGACUAUGUACCAGAAUACGAUAAUGAUGCCAGACAUUUCUUCGUGGCAUUGUUCAUCGUGACCGGGAUGCUUCUGAUAUCCGUGUCUAUACAACUUUGCUGGUCAAGAAUUGUGAGUCUGUCUGGCUGGUUAUUUAACUGUACGUGUUGCUCCAGGCGAUGUUGCAGCACCUGUUAUCGUGUGUAA